GUGAUCGAGCGAGCGGCGUUUCCUGCCAAAUUGUGGGAGAAGGUGAAGCUAAGCAAGAACUACGAGAAAGCGCUGGAGCAGAUCGACGAGAACCUCAUCUACUGGCCUCGCUUCAUCCGACACAAAUGCAAGCAGCGCUUCACCAAGAUCACGCAGUACUUGAUCCGCAUGCGCAAGCUCGUCCUCAAGAGGCAGAGGAAGCUGGUUCCCUUGAGCCGCAAGGUUGAGCGUCGGGAGAAGCGCAAGGAGGAAAAAGCUCUGAUCGCGGCACAGCUGGACAACGCCAUUGAGAAGGAGCUGCUGGAGAGGCUCAAGCAGGGGACGUACGGCGACAUCUACAACUUCCCCAUCGUGGCCUUUGAGAAAGCGAUGCAGCAGCAGGACGAGGAGAGCGAGGCGGAGGAGGAAAGCGAGGAGGAGGAAGAGGAGGUGGAGCGGGAUGACGAGGUGAGCAUGGGGGGG